AUGGCUCCAUCAAAAACUGCUGCCAAGUCGGCUCCUAAGGCUAAGAAGGCCGCUCCAAAAGGUAAAAGAAUGUCCUUUUUUAUUUAAUAUUGUUCUGUUUUUAGGAACCAAGGCCGAAAAGGCCGUUGAUGCCAAGAAGAAAGCCUUGAAAGGUGUUAACACCAAGACCGUCAAGAAGGUCAGAACCUCGGCCCGAUUCAAUCGCCCCAACACCUUGACUUUGAGAAAAACUCCGAAAUACCCAAGGAAGUCCGUUCCAUCUCGGCCACGAUUGGAUGCCUACGGAAUCGUGAAGCGUCCAUUGACCACCGAGUCCGCCAUGAAGAAGAUCGAAGAUAACAACACCUUGGUGUUCAUCGUUGACGUCCAGUCGAACAAACGUCAAAUCAAGACUGCUGUCAGGAAGCUGUACAACAUUGAGGCCCAAAAGGUAAAGAAGUUUGCUUCAAUAACAUUAUUCGUCAUCUGUAAAAUAAUUUUAUGCCUUUACACUAUUAUUUUUAGGUUAACACCUUGAUCACACCCAAUCACACCAAGAAAGCUUUCAUUAGACUGGGUCCCGACUUCGAUGCUCUUGAUGUCGCUAACAAAAUUGGUAUCAUCUAA